UUAAAGAAGUUGUCAUUAUGUAUCAUUUGUGUUUGUUUUAAUGGAAAUAUAGCGAUUGAAAUCAUGUUAAACUGGGCACUACAUACUUCAGACUGCCUUCUUCUCCGAGGCCCCAAGUUAAACAUGGCUUCCGUGGAUGAGCACAUGGCUGAUUCUUCGGGAUCCAAACUUCACAGACCGAUUCGCAAGGAGGUUUUAGAUCUUUUCUGGGAGAUAGCGGAGCAUCAGGACAAGAGGAGGUUGGAUGCAGUGAGGGGAAUAGUAGCAGAGUUGAAGAAAACUCAGGAUGAGCACAAAGCGACUGGGAAGACUGUUCCCCCGUACAGCCCAGAGAUUGGCUAUGCUCUGACCCGCCUGGUCCACGGUCUCGCCUCCAGCCGCAAGGCGGCCAGGCAGGGAUUCUCAACAGCCUUGUGCGAGCUGUUACAUGAAGUGCCGGCCAUCCCUCUGGAGGAUGUACUGCAGCUCAUCCAGAAAGACCUUCAGGUGGCCAGGGAGGAGAGAGGGGCCAUGUUUGGAGAGCUGUUCGGCUACCUUGCUGUGGUGCAGAGUGGGAGGCUUGCUGACUGCCCGGCAGAGACGGUGGUGUCUGUGUUCACAUCUCUCCACAGUCUGAGGAAGCACAAGCCUUACUUACAGCACAUAGGUGUUCAGGCCAUAGCCCAGAUGUUUGAUCAGCUGUCAGAAGAGACCUUCACCGUCCACCUGUUCCCCCUCCUCCGGGAGGAGCUACAGAAGGGGUGGAACACCUGCACACCUGAGACUCUGUUCCUCCUGCUCAAGGUACAGGAGAACUUUCCUGGGGUGGUGGACAAGACGUUCCUGAAGAAACACUGGGGAUACAGGGACAUCUUUCGUAAGGAAAACCUGGAGGCCUUGGGACAGGUAAUUAUGGCCUCUGCCACUGCCCACCCCAACUUCCACGCCGUCUGUGUUCUAAUCCUCACAAGUAUCUGUAAAGACAAGGCUCAUUUUCCCAUCUUCUGGGACAAAAUUGUGAACGUCACCCUCUGCACGGCCAGCCACGAGCGAAAACUUCUCGCCUUCAAGUUCUUGGAGCACGCCCUUCCCCUGCUUGACGCUGGACAGAUUUCUCAGGCGAUGUCUCCCAGUCUGCUGAAGAUGCUCAUUAACAAUCUGGUGUAUCCGGACAGUUUUCACUCCGCAGCGGCCAAGCAGCUGUGCCAGUUCCUUGCCAGGUUUGUGAAGUCGUGCUCCGAGGCUGACAGACAGCUGGCAGUGUUGAUGUCCCUGCUGCACAAACCUGGGACGAUCCACUUCGACAGCGUCACAAAGACUCAGACCGUAGCUUCCAUCGUCAGUGGACUGAACGCCGAGGCCGUGCUGAGAUAUGCCGAGUGGCUGAAGAAGGUGUUUUUAACAGGGACGGACUCAGACGAAGAGAUCAAAGAAGGGAGCAUCGAAUCUCACAGGAGAUGGGCGAGCAACCAGCUUGUUCACGUGGUGAAAAACCCCUCCCUGGUCAGAACUGAGCAGUGGCUGUUGGACACGACAAAGUUUCUGUUUCUCCACGCAUUUUUCAAGAUUAGAAAACCCAUAGCGGGCGACGCGGUUUGCGACAAGUCUCCUGCGUUCGAGCUGUCGCCGGAAAGUACCAAGCUGGCAGCGCAGCACUUCAACAGUGUCCUGUCCACCCUCGGCACCAUGCCUAGCUUCAAGCAGGAGGGAGCCAAGCACAGUCUACCCGGAACACGGUCGAACGGUGACUUUUGGGUCUACAGCCUGGUACAGUUUGCCAACAGCCUUCUCAGCGACCAAGACCGUUUCCAGCCCCUCGUACAGUUCCCUGAAGAGUUGAUGGAAUCGUGGAGCGAAAUGUUGUCGAACGUUGAAGCCAUGAGGAAGAAAGCGGCGAAGGGGUGCAAGGUGUCGGAGAGUUUCCAACUCCUGACCCUGAACCUGGGGAUUCAGAUGUUCACAGAUGCGGAUCAGGUGGAGGAGGUUCUGUCUGAGCUACAUACUUGCUACGAGAAGGCCACAGAGAAGAGGAGAAAAUCACUCAAGAAGGGAGAAGAAGAUGAGCCCCACUGGGUGGAGGUGGUAGUUGAGAUCCUGCUGAGCCUGCUGUCGCGCCCCUCCCACCUGCUUCGGUCGGUCGUGGAUAACGUGUUCCGCGUGGUCUGCCCGCAGAUCACCAGGAAAGGUCUGCAGCUGAUCCUGGACGUGCUGGAUCCAGGGAGGGAGGAGGAGGGGGAGGGUCAUGUCAUGGUGGAGGACUUUGAUGAAGAUGAAGAAGAGAUGGGAGAUGAGGAAGAUGAAGAGUUAGGGGAAGGAGAGAAGAAAGAGCUGAAGCCCAACGGAGACCUGGGGAGUGAAGAGGAGUCUGAUAGUGAUGAUGAAGAGGAGGAGGAAGAGGGCCCAAAUGUUGACGAGGAGUUUAAAGCUAAGAUUAAGGAGGCGCUUGGGAAGGCUGCUGCACCACACGAUGAUGAUGACGACGAUGCAUCUUCCACGGCCAGCGAUGAAAGCAAUCUCAGCGACUCAGCCAUGAUGAAACUCGACGAAUCCCUCUCCAAGAUCUUCCGCGCUCAACGAAAAUCCGCCAAAGCCACCAAGAAGGAGGCAAAGAGGCUCAUGACGGACUUUAAACAGAGAGUCACGGACCUGUUGGACAUCUUCCUCCGUAAGCAGCCGUCUAACCCUCUCGUUCUAGAACUGGUGGAACCGCUUCUGAGGAUCGUACAAGACUCCCUGCGGAAGAGCGAGGAACACAGCCUUGCUGAGAAGGUCGCAGGUCUCUACCGGAACAAGCUGUGUAAGAUUAAGGAGUAUCCCGUGUUGGAGAGACCGGAUAGCGAGGGACUGCAUGCAGUGUUGAGUAACAUUGUACAGGUGGCAUACAUGGCCCCAUCUGUCUACCUGGUCUCACUGGUGUCAGCUGGGUGCCUGUUCCUGCUGCGAGUGUUGAGAGGGAAGACAUCCCCUGCGGAACCCUCGCCUGUCAAGACCAGGGCCAAGAGGAAGAAGGAGAAGCAGACAGAAGACAAGUCGUCAGCCUCAGAGGACCCAGACUUAAAGACUGGCUACAUAGAUGUACAGAAGGUAGUGGAGCUGUACAGGAGUGCCCUGGAGAACUUCAUGACACGGCGUGACAGCCACAUCCACGCCGUGCUGUUUGAGGACCUGGUGCAGCAUUUCCCUGUUCUCGGCUGGGAGCUGGCUGAACCUCUCACUGGAUACAUCACCACUGGAGUACAGAUCUACCGCCGUACGCAGGCCUGCCACCUCCUCCUCAGACUAAUGAACACCCACCAGAAGCCGGCCGACCCUCGGCUGUGGGCCUCGUUCGUCUCAGGUCUGUCCGAGAAGGUAGGAGAGGUCCUGCACGGGGUCAGUCAGGGGGUCACCGAGGCCAAGCCCAAGUUCCUGCAGGAAGUGCUGAGGACCCUACAGGCACUGAUUAAAGCUGUGGAGGGCGACUGUAAGAUGUUGAAUGCCCAACUUGUGGAUGCUGUAGAACACUUCAGCCAACAGGAGGUGGCCACACGGUCCAGCGUCAUCACAGGACUCUGCAAGAACUGUCUUAAACUCAUGGGGCACAGCACGAAUCUACCAACUAGUAAGAAGGCGAAGAAGAGGAAGUCAUCAGACAGACAGGCCCCAGAAGACCAACCAGAAGAGACCCCUAGCAAGAAGACUAAGAACUCCAAGCAGAGGGAGGAACGCACAACUGACAAAGACAACCUUUCUAUCACUGUCAACAAUAAUGGACAUGGACAUGCUGACGCAAUGAAACAGAAGAAGCAUAAAAGAAAACAUGACCAGUCAAACAAAGAGACUAAAGAAGCGAACAAGACAGUACAACAAAAUCUUACAUCUUCUAAUGUAGGGCAAAACUUAGAGAACAAAGCAUCUAAGAAAAAGCAGAAAUUUACCAAAGUUAGAAACAAGCCCCAAAGUGUGACAGGUAACUAAUUUAUCAGAUGUAAAGAUAUGUAAAGAUGUUAUGUUUGCAAUUCUUUGUUGCAAUCAUUGCAAAUUUGUAACACUGCAGGGACUGUGUUUGUUAGAUCUUUGUUACUUAAAAUGAACUCUUACUUAUGAAAUCUUUGCAAACGUUAUCAACUUUGGUUUAUGAAGCAAGUCAGUAUUUAUCACUGUAUCUUUUGUUUUAAAGUUGUUUGAGAUGAUUAGGCUAUGUUUCAGGGUAUUACUCUGUGAAAGACAGAAUAGUUAGUCAUACUGUAAUAUAGUAAACAAAACAAAAAGAAUUUUAUAAACUGUGUAGCUAAUCCAAUAUUAUUGUUUCUUAUUACAGUAAAAUCUAUUUUGUAAUGAUUUAUAGACGAAUCUUGUUCAGAAUUCAGAAAAGAAUUGACCACAUAAUUGUUGAACAACUUUAUUGUUAGUAUUCUUAAAUACUAUCCUCUGAAAAUGUGACAAAAAAGAAAUAACAGCUGAAUAGUAGUCAUCAAACUACAUCAAUAAGAUAUACAGUAUGGAGAAAAAGGAUGUUCACUGUAACACCUUCUGGUUUAUAAAAAAAAUUGAUCUCUUAA